GCUCUUUCUUUUCUGAUGGGAUUUCUCCUGAACCAGAGCGACUCUCUGCUUCUUGAUGACUUUGAGACAGCAAGGCUUUUUCUGAGUCGCAGCCGGCAUCCCCGUCAGCACGUGGCUCGGAGAGCAUUAGAUCGCCUCACAGACGCAGAAGGGAACAGAAUACACUCUCCAGAAUCUUCAACCUGGGAGAAAGCCGAUCUCGCUCUCCACCCAAACGCUGGAGCACCAUCUUCUGAGCCCUUCUCUGACCAGAAAAAUGCCAAGAUGGAAGAGAGUGAAACGGAUGAAAAGCAAAAACUUGAGAGGGAGGAUCUCUGCCCUAUAGAUUCACAAGUCGCAGCGAGUUUAACAGACUAACAUUGGCCAUCUUCGCUUCCUAGAUAGAGAUACAAUCCAAGUAUCUGUUGUUACAUGCCUGCAGGGUUUCAUAAGCAUGUGUUGACUGUAUGUGUACAAAACUGCUGCAAUAGUUGUCAAUGGUCAGGAGAUGAGAUAGUCAAACGUCUACUUGCUAUAUUGGAAGUCUCCCUCUAAAAUUCAGUUCAAAAAUGUUCAAGAGGAUCAUCAUCCCUCAGAAAUGCAGAUUAACCAAAAGGUUUGAUUAUUAGUCUUAAUUGACUGAACUAGACAGAGUAUUUCUCUGUUUGAACCAUUAAACAUAAAAGUAAGAUAUAACUGGCAUCGAGACCCAUUAUUGCAUAAUUCUGAAUUUACCUCAGAUGUAUCUUACACAAUGGGUUGCUUGUGUGCUAUCCAGCAUUUGAAGCCUGACAUUAGUCAUUGUGCUACAGUGAAGAAGCCUCUCCAUGGUUGAGAUCAAUGUUCAGCCUCAGUGAUGUGCAGUGUAUUUGUGGAUGUUUACAUUAAUUGUGGUCCUUGUGUUGUGUUAUAUAUUGGUUAUUUCCUUUGUACCAAAAACUAUGUAUAUAGGAUUCUUUAUUGUGUUUUGAGCAAUUAAAAAAAAAGACGACCAGUUAACAUUUAAUACCUAAUAUUAAAUUUUAUUUAUUUGAGUAAUUAUUUAGCUCUUUAAUUAGAAACAUGCAUUAAAAAUUGUUAAUCAAAGACUAAAAACAUGAUUUUGUGGACUAGGGUAUAGAUUCUAAGCAUAUCUGACGCUUGGAUUGUAUGCCCUCAAAUGUUGCACUGCAGUAUGUGUGUUAAAACAGCCUGUAAAUGUUGUCUGCGUCAUUAUGUCUGCAAUUUUGAUGUUAUUUUAGAAAGGUCUCAUGUAAUUACCAGGGGUAGGAUUAAUAUUUAAAUAACAGACAUGCAGAAAUCUAGGACAAACAGUCAGUGGGAGCAUAAAGGGUAUGAAACUGGUGUGGGAAAGGAAAGAAACCUGAAAGUGUAUGAGGGAUAAUGUGAGAAAUGAUAAACGAGGAAUUCUGAAAGAGUACGGUGGAGUUUAUUCAGCUGAUUUUUUUUUAUUCUCUGUGACGUUUCUCACGUGUCUUAAUAAUGUUCAUCGUUUCGUGUCUCAUAGACUCUUCCUGUAUGUACUGUUUCUGAAAUAUUGCUGAAUAAACAUUAGGUCAAAUAUUCUCCCUGUCAGCGCUGGAUUUGUCUCCAAAAUGGUGCUACAUUUAUAUAAUGCACAGGAUAUUCUGAAGUGGCCAUGUGUUCUGAUGUAAUAUCUUUAACCCUCCAUUUAUUUAUAAAGUAACGUUAAAUAAAGAAUCGGAAAUGUA